AUGGAUAGUGAAACACUUAAACAGCAAGGAAACAAAAAGUUUAAUGAGGGCAAGUAUCAGUCAGCAUAUGACCUAUAUACACAAGCAAUAGAACUUAAUCCAAGAAAUCAUCUUCUAUAUUCAAAUAGAGGCGCAGCUUUAAUUAGAAUGCAAAGAUUUCGUGAAGCAAUAGAUGAUUUAGAAAAAUGCAUACAAAUCAACCCUUACUUCAGAAAGGCUCAUGUUAGAUUAUUAUUCUGCUUAAUACAUGCUACGAGCAAUAAAGAGUUAAUCAAAGCUGCAAAUGAAAGAGCAUUCUGCUUAAUGCCAGGAUUUGAUCCACUGCAUGAAGCAAUUCAUUGGGGCCAAGAUAUCAAUCGAGAGAUAAAUAAGAAAUAUGUUGAAUACUUUGGUCAGGGAAAUAAUUUUGAACAACUUAAAGAAAUAACCAGUCGUUUAAGACAGAAAUACAACGGAAAUGAGGAAUUAUUGUUGCAUGAUCCGGAGUAUCAACAUUUUAUUGAGAAAGUUCAUCAAUAUUCUUUUGAAAAUAGACCGCAGUAUGAAUAA